UCUACUUCAACCAGAAACCAGUAAUCCUUAUAAAGAGAACAGAGCUAUCUUCUUUUCUAGACCAAAUUUUAAGCCAUUGAAGGCCAUUCUGAAUUCUCCUUCACAAACCAAAGCAGCUGAUAAUGCUAAAGAUAAUGAGGAUGCCUCCACUCUUCGCCAAUUCACCAAGGUCACGUGCUGCGCAGGCAAGUCACAGGGUCAGUAAAGUUGCUCGUAUCAUGUUGGCUGCAAAGCCUAUGGAGAAUGAGGUGGGAGCACAAGUCUUGCACUGUCAUGGCGCUCCUGGAUGGAUGGAUGUUAAGAAGACACAAGAGUUGGCUAAAGGUGCAUCAUUCUCUUUAUGUGAAGUGCUUGGAAAAAAAAACUCUGCUGUCUGCACCAUUUGUAUUUCUUUCGAAGUUUCCGUUGCAAGAAAUCUCAGAUAGCUUCUAGGAACUGUGGCGGCUUGCAAUAAUAUAUACUGUUUGUCAACUGCUAUUAAAAAAAAGCAAAUUUUCAUGUGCUUAGAAUUGCAAUUUGCUACGAAUUUCUUA